UAUAUAUUUCCUAGCUCUUUAGCGUGGUAUUUACACGUGUUUGAUGUAAACGUGUAUUAAAUAUAAAUAGUUGUAAUAAAAUUCUUCGUUGUUAAAUUACAGUGAAACAAAAUGCAGCACGACGAUGUUGUGUGGAGUGUCAUCAAUAAAUCGUUUUGUUCCUUCAAAGUAAAUACAAAGACACAGAGAUUUUGCAGAAAUGAGUACAACCUUACAGGUUUAUGCAGCAGAGCUGCGUGUCCCCUUGCAAACAGUCAGUAUGCUACAAUUAGAGAGGAAAAUGGUAUUAUUUAUCUCUAUCUAAGAACAGCCGAGAGAAUUCAUACACCUAAAAAUAGCUGGGAAAAAGUUAAGCUAUCUAGAAAUUUUGAGAAGGCGAUACAACAAAUUAAUGAGAAUCUGCUCUACUGGCCUGGUUUCAUAAAGGCAAAAUGUAAGCAAAGAUUUCUCAAGAUCACACAAUAUCUCAUUCGUAUGAGAAAAUUCAGAUUAAGACGACAAAAGAAGAUUGUACCGCUUCAAAGAAAGAUUGAAAGAAGGGAAAGACGUAGAGAAGAAAAAGCUUUAACUGCUGCAAGACUAGAAAAUGCAAUUGAGAAACAACUUAUGGACAGAUUGAAGAAGGGAAUGUACAAGACUAUUUACAAUUUCCCGCAAAAAGCAUUUGAUAAAGCUAUAGAAGCUGUUGAAGUUGAAGGAGAAAGCGAAGCAGAAGAUGAACAGGAUGAAGAACAAGAACAAGAAAUUGAUAAGGAACUGGAAAUUGAAUUAGAAGAUGAGGAAUUUGAACAAGAUGGCCCACAAUAUAUUGAAGCUGAUAGCGAUGACUAUGACGAUGACGACUAUGAGGAUGAUUACAUUGAAGAGCUUUCUAUGGAUGAAGAUAGUGAUUCUGCGGAGGAAGAAAUUGAAUUAUCAGAUAGUUUCGUAUCUGAAGCCAGUGAUAUUGAGGACUUAUUGAAACCAUCUACAAGCAAGAAAACAAAAGUGCCGAAAGUUGUCAAAAAAGGAAAGGCACAGAAAAAAUCACGAGCGAGAGUAGAAAUCGAGUACGAGAUGGAAGAGAACAAUCGACAAAAAGAACGAACGUAACACAAUUGUGUAAAUAUUAUAAUUCUACGUUUUUAAUAAAAAAUUACCUAAACGUU